AUGUAUAAAUACUCUUUAAGAUUCAAAGACUCAAAAAUUGAAGAACAGUAUUUGAUACAUCGAAGCACAACACUCCAAUUUCCAACCCUAACUUAUGUUACAGGAGGAGGGUUCUUACUUUUGAUCAUUAACUUUUUUGUUCAUUUGAUAGGUCAAAGUUAUUAAAAAGCCAUAAAAAAUGGAGCCAUUGCAUUUUAUCUAUUAUUUUAAUACAUAUUGUUAAGAAAAUACAGCAAAUUUAGAAAGUACUCGAAUUUUGCUUUGCUAAUAUGUAAUUUAAUCUUUACAGCAUUUGAAUAUGAUAAUCCCGCUCCUGUUAAGACAUAUUAUGAUGGUUAUAUAUUAGGAAGCAAUCAAAUGUUGGUACAUAAUAUUUUGAUGUUUGCUAACAAUCUUAAAUUAGGAAUUGUUGCUAAUUUAAUUCAUACUGUCUCGAAAAUAUUGAUUGUAUAGCUUUAUUAAGGUAAUAUGGAUAUUUAGCAAUAUGUUUAUACAACUGUAUUGAGUUUAAGUUUUAUUAUCAUUUAAUAUGAAAUUGAGAAGUAAUACAGGAAUUCAUUUUUUCUGUCUCUCAAAGACAGUACUUGGGGUAAUAAAUGUGAAAAAUAAUAUAUUAGAAAUCAUGACUCCUUUAUUUUUAAAGAAACCUUACUUUUUAUUUUCUUUCAAUAAAGAAGAGAAUGCAUAUUAAGUAAUAUCCUCAUACUUAAAAGAAUACUUUGAAUCAGAGACUCCUUUAACAACAUUUAUGUAUCAAUCAAAGGUUUUAGGUAAUGAAUCCUUAUAAGCAUACAUAUAAAGAUUGACUGUUAAAAGCUUAGAGAAUCGUAAUAAUUUAUGCUUAUUCAAUUAAUAUCUGAAUGUCGAUUAUCUUAAUAAAAAAGUGGCAAUUUCAAUAAUAGCAUACUAAUUUGAAAAAGUGAUAUAUGCAAUAAUUAUUGAAUCUGAGGAUCCAAUAAGAAAAGAGUAAAAAAUGAAAUACUUGUAGUAGAUUUAGAUAUAUAAAGAAUUUUUCCAUUUAUAAAUAAUGCCUAUAAAUAAAGUGUUAGCAACAAUAUUAAAGGAGAAUCAUCAUCCUUUAUUGAGGGAUUUGAGAAUAUCAUUAAUUGAGAUAUAUUAUUAGUAGUCUUAAGUAUGUGAAUUAAAGUUAGUAACUAUAAAGAAGUUACUUCUUAAAUGUGUACAAUUAUUUUAGACACCAAAAUAUUCAAUUAGUAUAGUUUGCAAUGAUGACAUAAAAUUUAUUACUAUGAAACAUGCAUUAAUAAUAUUUCUACUUGAAAUACUAAAAAAAAAUAAUGGAUAAUUUUUAUAAAUAAGAAUUAGUUAAGUUUAAAAUACUUCAAUAUAAAUAAUUGGUAUGAAUCAUUUACCUUAAUCAGAACUAUUUUAAAAAAGUAAAGAAAUGUUAAUUGAAAGAGUUUUAGAAUCUCAGAAUUGUAAAAUUAAUUUUAUAUUUAGGUUUUAUGUUCAUAUUAAUGAAAACACCACAUUAAAAUUUUAAUGAUUAUUUUUACAUUUAAGAUUCCAAUUAUUGA